AGUGCGUGUGGGUGUGCGUGGAUGUGUUCGGGAGACGUACUGCCGCCUGAUAGUAUCGCUGGGCGGCGCGCGUCGGUGCAGAACCUGAGCAACAAAUAUUUAGUUGGUGUCGCGGUGUGAUUAACGACACACGGCGCCUCCUGGGACGCGGGGAACAGAUACCAGGCUUGUGUCGCGGCGCGGAGGGCGGGAGAGGUGGGAGAGGGCAGGGGAGAGGCGGGGUUGGCCGGUGGGGACUGUGACAGGGGAAGAGGCAAAGGAAGGAGAGCAAGGAGCGAUGACACUGGCAGGGAGGCAAGGAGAGGGGUGAGGCAGGGUGGCAACCACUACCACCACCAUUGCCACCACUCCCAGGCACUGUGUCACUGCCCACACAAGUGCCUGGGCCAGACCGGGACACAGCCGCCUCCACUCAUUGACAAACCUUCCCCAGUGACACACUCAGGAAUUUGUUGUGGUGGAGACUGAGACUGUCUCGCUGCCUGACGCUGCUGCUGCUGUCCCUGGCUGCUGCUACUACUACUACUACUGCUGCUGCCUUGCCAACACACGGCCAGGAGAUUGUGACGUCGAAGGACAGAAAUGGGAGUGUGGGCGGCGUGUCUCUUGGGCGCCCUGGCCCUGCUCGGCGUGCCCAGCCCGUCGCACGGACAGGUGGGGCUGCGGGCGGCGCCACUUAUCAACAACCCCAGGAUGCACGGCGCGGGUGUGCGGGGCGCGGUGGGGCGCGGAGUGUUCUCCCGCUGGCCGACGGAGGAGGAGCGACUGCACCGCAGCCACAGUAACCACAGCAGUAGCAUCGAGCACUCCCUGGCAGCCAUCUUCCGCGGCGUGGCCUACGGCAUCUCCACGCCGCCUACCACCACUACCACCACCACCACCACCACCACCACCACCACCAGCACCACCACCUCCACCCCACCCCCGCCCUCCUUCCCCCCAAGCAAGAAGGGUCCCACGCUGCCACGUCCGCAGCCCUCAGCGUGGCCUGACCUGCAGGACCUGCUGCUCAACAUGGACGACCAGCGCCCCAUGGACGCCUUUCCGGACCUGUACUCGGAUAUCAUGGGCGGCGAGGUGGAGGAGGCGGAGGGCGAGCCGGAGGGGUCGUGGGCGGGGUCGCUGGGCGUGGCGUGGGCGGUGCACGUGUACUGCUCAGCCAGCAUGUUCACGGUGGUGGGGCUGCUGGCCGUGCUACUGCUGGCCAGGGUGCGGGGCGCCAGCCGCUUCCUGCCCCUCACCCACCACCUCAGCCUGCACCUCUUCAUGCUGGUGGCCGCCAUGUCGCGCUGCCUUCACCUUUUCCACGACCCCUACGGCACGGAGGACAGGCUGCCCGAGGCGCUGGCCGGCGUGGUGGAGGACAUCGGCUGGCCCUGCCUCACUGCCGCCCUCGCCGUGGUGGUGAUGGCGCUAGUGCAGGCCUGGCGCUGCCCGCCCCACCCGCCGCCCAAUCACGCUCCUAUCACCCUCGCCAUCAUCACAGUCUUCCAUUUCCUGGUGGCCGUGUCCACACACGUGCUGGCCGUGCAGUUCCCCAAGCACGCAGGGCCUCUCAGGGCCGCCUCGCGCACUGCCACGGCGGCCUGGGGCGGCGUGGUGGGUCUGGGCAGCUGCGUGGGCACGUGCCGCGUGGUGCAAGCGCUGCAGCACGCGCCGAGCCUCAUGACGGUGACGGUAGGGCGCGCCACACCAGAGUGGGUGACGCAGCACACGUGUGCCUCGCUGCUGUACGCGGCGCGCCUCACGCUGGUCACUACGCUGGUGCAGGUCAUGCUGGCAGGCCUGCACCUGUACGGCCUCCUGGGCUCCCUCGUCACCACGCGCCUGCCACCGCCCCGCCCAUGGCACUGGCUGGCCUUCCAGAGUGCCAGCAGCGGCCUGGAGGUCCUGGCCUGGGUGCUGCUGGCCCUCAUCUCGCUGCCCGGCCUGCGGGAUGCGCAGCACAAGCGCCGUGGAGACACCACCAGGUGGCAGGACCUCAAGAAGGGAAGGUGGCGCUGGUGCUGCUGCUGCCGCCCCUGCCUCACCACGUCCAGUGCAGGGCGUCCCGCACACGAGGGCACGACGCCCUGCAAGGUGGUUCAGCCCCGCGAGGGCCGCCCGUACCCUUCCUCCACGGCGCCCUCCUGUAACGCUUCACCAUACAAGCAGGCCUUACUGAGGUCCACCGCCUCGGACGCCCACCUGCUGUGGAGUCACGCCCGCGCCCGCGACGCCCCGCAGUCCAGCUGCUCCUCCAGGCCCUCCUCCAUCGUGCUCAAAAAUGACGACUUUGCCAGAAGCGCGGCACCCUCCGCACCGCCGCACGCCGCCCUACAGAGCUUCGAGACGCAGGGCGCCGCGCCAGAAAAGGCAGCGGGGCAAGGCGAGGAGGAGGAGCCCACGGCGUACGACCAGCACCUGUACUACAACAUGCCGGUGACGGCGCCCAGCGACUCCUCCGCCAAGGCCUCCCCCGCGGCGCAGCGCAUUGCUGAGCGGCCCUCGGAGCGCCUACUGCAGGGACAACUGAGUGUAGACCUGCACGGCGCCGACAGCGACGAGGACCGCCCGAGGAGCGACCUGGCGAGCCUGACAGACUACAGCUCCACGGAGCCCGCCUCGCCCCUGUUUGUGGGCGACCACGACUGGUCCCGCAACACUACCACCACCUGCUCUUCCGUCAGCGCCGCCAACAGCUUCGACCUGCGCAUGUUCGAGGACAGCGACGGCACGUACUACCAGCUCCCCUACACCCAGACGCCGCCACCACCCCCGCCGCCGCCGCUCAACCUGCGCCACCACCACCACCACUACCCUAACCGCAGCCUGGCGGGGUCUGCCGCGGAACUGCAGGAGGGAAGGAGGGGGCGUCCCACCCCUGACUACCGCGGAGAUGCCCAGCGCAGCCACCCUGACCUGGUGACCGGCUCGCCCUACAAGUGGUCAGCUGCGCCGCAAUGGUCCCCCAAGGGCCUCCAGAGGGCGUACUGCGCCUCCAUGGGCGCCGUGGCGGGGACUGGGCCUGGGGGCAGGAUGGGCGCGGGGGACUCCCUGCCGGGCAGCAAGCAGGGCAGGGUCGCGUACAGCGAGCAGGCAGCACACACAGCACACAGCGCCACGGGGAACUUCGGCAGAGCAACGGCGGUGGAGCAGCGCGGGACAAACCACCACGCCGGCGGGAAUCCCUGUGAGUCUAGCCCCCCUGAGACACAGCCCCCUCGUCCAGCCUCAUCCCCGGCAGCCCCGCAGGCCGCGAGCGACUGGCCCAGGGGAGGGUUUGUGCCUGAGGGCCCACCCGCCCCACGCGACGCAGGACACGGACAGUGCCGUGCGGGCCCCCACGCCCCGCCCCCUGGACGCCGCGCCGCCACCCCGGGUGGACGGCACCACCCAGACAGACGUGCCCUCCGCCCCGCAGCCCGCGUGGCCGUCCACGCCCUCCCCGCCUCCGCCCCGCCACCCUCCGCCAGUGUUCUUCCCGUCCCAGGACUCCAGCUCUCCCACCGAGAGUCCCUGCGGCGCCAGCAGCCAGGAGCACCCUCUCGCAGAGGCAGGGCACCAGAAGACUGAGGACGUGAGUCCCCAGCACGGCCAAGCUAAAGGCGAUACUGGCGAGGAGCGGCCCCAGGAGGUUCGUCCUGGUGACCGUGAGCUUCACCAGGUUCGCGGCGUUGAGCUGAGACACCAGGAGGUCCAGUGUGACGGAGACUCCACCCAGACAUGUUACAGUGACCGAGACCCAGGCGGCGAGGACAGCGCGCCCCUCAGCUGCGGCGGGCCCCGCGCUGGCCAGACACACACAGACACUGACACUGGCGAUACUCAGCCUCACGAAACACGCCCCCCUGACACUAGGCUCCGUGAUUCCCGCCCCGGUGAUCGUGCGCGUCCACCCCACCCUCCGGGGGUUCGCGAGCGCCUCGCCCCCCACCCUGGUGAGAUCCAGGCCUGAGCCGCUCACCAGGACCCCCGAGCCACGCUGAGCCGCUCACCAGGACCCCCGAGCCACGCUAAGUCGAGCCAGGGCCAUGCUAGUGCCGCGUCGUGAGGGGCGCGGGACACACAACGCCCCGGGACCCUGAACCUGGCCAGGGGUACCGCGCCCUCCCCGACACACCCUCGUGACGUACAUACGAUGAUGUCCUUUUGAUAUAAUGACAUACGCUGCCACCCAGUGCACUACCCACCUAAACGACACUAGCUUCUCCCCACCCCCCUUCCUUUCCGCGAGUUCCCAUCUCCCUCCCCCUCCUUCCCGAAGGAAGCGCCGCACCGCCCUCCCGCUUCACCUUUUCGAAGCGUCUCGUUCGCCAGUCUCGUGAAGCAACACACACAGUCUCGCCCGGGAGUGAAUCAAGCCGUGAACACAUUAAUGGUGCGCCUCGCCCCGACGCGCCGCAAUGCGAGGAAGGCAAAGGAGGAACUCAACAGGAAAUGAAAGACGAGCAAAGUGUUGUAAUAGUUAAAGCCUCUCCUCUCUUCUCCUCUCUCUCUCUCUCUCUCUCUCUCUCUCUCUCUCUCUCUCUCUCUCUCUCUCUCUCUCUCUCCUAAAACUGUCCUCGUUCGAGCUAAAACACAGUCCCCUGUAAGUAAGGAGAGCGGGGUUGCCCCACACACACACACACACACACACACACACACACACACACAGAAAACGGAGUCGAUCAAAAUAAAAACGUUACGAGCACAAAAAAUAUAUAAACGGUUGAGAGAGAAGGAAAAAUAGAAAAACAAUAGUAAUAAUAAUAAACGUUCCAUUACUUCCUCCUCCUCCUCUUCCUCCUCCUCGGGUGUUGAUCCAAAAUAGAAAAAAGAAAAAAGAUAAAGAAAAAAAUGUUUCUCGAGAGCGACAGAGAAUUAUAUUUGUACACGAAUCAAAUUUUUUGCUGUGAUUCUAUGUUUAAAAUUUAAUAAGAAUAAAGAUGUUGAUAGUUUAGAAAAA